AUGGCUACACCUAUUGAUAUUUUCACUAACUCACAAUGGAAAAAAGCUACUUAUGUUAGAGUUGUUGGAAGAACAAAAGAAACUUUACAAGAUUUUGAGCAACUCGUGUUCCCACAGGAAUUCCAUGACACAACUACUGGGAAAGGAAACAGUCCAUGUAUUCACCCUCUUAGAUCUAAGGAGGGAGAAAAUGAUGUUUUCUUCACUAACAGAGAAAUUGAUUCCCUUAAGGAAGAAGUUAAAUUUACUUUGGUGGGCAAAUUUCAAUUAGGACAUCCAAAGAUGGAGCUGGUUAGAAAUUACUUUGAAUCCUUAAAAUUUAUUGGAGACUGGAAAAUUGGAUUAAUAUAUGGGAGGCAUCUUUUAAUCCAACUGGCUGUGGAGGAAGAUUAUGCAAGACUCUUUGCUAAACAAUAUGUGAUUAUUGUUGGAACCACAAUGAAAAUUAUGAAGUGGACACCUGAUUUUGAUCCAAGUAAAGAACCCCCUGUGGUUCCUCUUUGGUUCGAAUUGCCCGGCCUCCCACUUCCUUACUUCAAGCUAAAUGCUCUUUUUAAUAUUGGUAGAGCACUGGGUACACCUUUGAAAGUGGAUGCCCCCACUUUUAAUAAGGCUAGACCAGCCCUUGCAAGAAUACAGGUGGAGAGAGACAUCACUUUCCCUGAGCUGAAGAGAAUUUGGAUAGGUUCAGAUAUUGAAGGGUUUUGGCAAGAAAUUGUAGCUGAGCAAAAGAUUUAUUAUUUCCAACAUUGUAAAUUGUUUGGCCACACAGUGGAGAAGUGUUACAGGUUACAUCCCCCUCCCAGAAGGAAUGUUGGUGGGGAUCAAAAGGAUGUAGGAGGAGCUCCAUUAAAAGUGACAGAGAAGAUUACUGAAGGAACAAAUCUGAAUAUCAGAUCUGAAAUUACUAAAAGGAAUGAAGAACUUCUUCCAAUAACCACUGUAAUUCCUCAUCAGAAGAUCCUUUAG